GCAGCUGUGGAGUCCAUCUCAGCUGCUGUAGCCGAUGGGCUGAAUGGGAAUGUGGUGCCCCCAUCACCCCCUCCUAAGGCCCAAGGGUUUGGAAUGCUCAAGAAACUGACCUUUUCUGUAGAGUUAGUGGUGACUAUCAGCCUUCUCCUCUCCUGGAUUACUGCAGGCUUCAUGAUGUUUGACGUUGUAGAAUAUAAAGGGGUCACUGGUAAGUCUAUUUAUCUUUCUAUUACAUUUAUUAAGUCUUAUGGAGUCCAUUACUUUGAUAAUAUUUCAACGUAUUUCAUGUUAAACAAUAUUUAAGUUAUUGUCGAAACCCUAACCCUAAUUCCCAAUGUUUGUCGCAAUGCUUUUCGCAGACAUUCAAGACGUAGUUUUGGAUCCCAUGAAAGCUGUUAAUGAUGCUGUAGAGGGAAUGUCCAACAUGUUCUAUGAGGCGCAAGGUAGCUAUAUAUCUUGUAAUCAUUUUAUGCAGAAUCCUGUCCAAUUGAAAAACUGUAAAGUAAUAUACAUUUUCUUACUAUGUCCUCAGAAUGUGCAUUUGCUCCUCAUUUGAGUCUGGACCCCAUGAAUGCUGUCAAAGAUGUGAAAGAUUUAUUUGUGGACUACCUCUCUGAUGAUGACGGUAUAAGGAUGCCCAAUGUUGUUAAAGCGGUCUUGUGUUCUUGAAAUAUUUUUUUAAUUGUUUUUUUUUUUUUUGGGGGGGGGGUUACAUUAGUUUUUUUGUUUCCUUAUGUUAAUGAAUGUUAGGCCGGGAUUCAAACCAACACAGAUUAAUGACAUUGCACUGUACUUGACUUUGCACUGCAAUCUUGAUUAGUAGUUGGCUUUCCUAUCACGGAAAUGCAUCACAAAAACACAACUGUUCUGAAAAUCUAUAUUUGAUUCCAACAUUAUAUUCCAUGUUCAAUCAUUAAAAAUGCUAAUAGAAAAGUUGCACAACAAUGGUAGAACAAAUAGCAGAUGUAUAGGCUUUGUGAUUUUUACUGCAGUUCCACCGAAGGUACAUAAUCUACACGUUCUACAUGUCAAGUGCUGUGCAAUGUAAGUAAUUAAAAUUAUAAUACAAACACAUACAGGUUAGGGAUUAGAACUUAAUACAAUGAAAACGGGUCCCUAGCAGACUAACACAAUAUGACACUGGUUACAACAGAUGGCGAGUUAAAGAGAGAGCAAGAGAGAAAACACUUGGAAAGACAUGGAACUACACUCACAGUAAAUCUAAUACCUUGCCCCGAACUGCCGCCCGUUUGGUAAGAAGUAAUGCAUGUAUUUACGUGUUGGAGGUCUUCGUCGUGUAUCUCUGUUGGACCCAGGCCUUCGUGGAAAGGGGUCGAUUGGGCCUUCUCCUUCGGAUGAGCUUUAGAUGUAAGGCUCUGAUUGUCCACAAGAGGUCACAAUGUCCUUCUUCGUUGUCUGUUUACUUUCACUCAUUCUGGAAGUGGUCUUCUGAGGACGGCUAUUCAGCUGUGUCGAUGAUCACCUGUGGGGUGAUGAGAGCAGUGUAGUAGACAACGGUUUGAAGAGAGUAACAGGACGGUCCCACUUUCUUAGAUACAGUACUUAGAACAGCUACUCAACCGUAACAUUGAUUGUUAGUGGAGGCAACUUUGUCGUCUUCACCUCGUGUUGAUUUUCAGGGUCGGGACCAAUAUGGACCUCGCUGUAGCUUGAGGUCUGUCUUCCUGGUCUGUAGCGUUUCAUCCACUUUGCCACAUUCAGCUCGCGCUGCAUAUCGGCUGGUCUGGUUUUUUCAUUCUUAACUCAAUCUUUUAUGCACUCUGGUAAAGACGCCGUUUACGUCAUGUGGACACUCUUUCUGAGCUCCCGUGGGCGUGGCUAGUUACUGGGGCAAAGUAUUCUGAACACUAUGAUUUCGUUUAAAGAACCAAAAUCAUCUUCCUAUCUUUAUAAAAAAUAUUGUCUUUCUUCUGGAUAUUUCCUACACAUUAUAAUGUAUGCGAACUUGAAAUGCACAGUAUGAAAGCUCCUCAAGUUACAAUGUUUUGGUUAUAACAUUUUUAUAAAAGUUUUAAUGACAUCCCAAAAUAGACAUUCAUUUUCCAAAUUCUCUCUUUCAUCACUCCCAACAUUCAGAUGUUGAAAUAUACUGUUCCAGUGUCCACCUAUGGUCGUUUAGAGUUUUGGGCGGCAAUCUGUCCCUGUAAUAGAGAGAUAUUCAGAUCGCCAAUACUAGCAAACCAUGUAUGAUUUGGAGCGAGGGGUCAUAACCACCCCCCCAACAAUCUCUCAUUUGUUCUGUAGACUGUUGCUUCUCUGUAUACCGAUCUUGGGCUUCUCAUGUGAAUCCAUCACAUGAGAGUCAUGACAAUAUGAACAUAUUUUAAUGUAAAUGUUUGAAAAUGUUUAUUUUCUCAGGAAACUUUUACCUGAGCUACGUUGACCCGGUGAUUAUUGGCAGAGGUCUGUUUAAUGUCACCAAUAACUCUAUAUGUGGAGUCGUGGGUUACAUACAAGGCACACUCUGUGUUCUGUUGGAUGCCAUAUUGGAUAUCCUGCAAGGUAUGUCCACAUGAUUAUUACACAACAAUUUUUUCUAUAAAUAAUCUGUUAUUUCUUUGUUGGUAUGGAUAAAAAGUAAAUGUCCUUAAUACAUGUGAUGAGCUCUCCAUAUUUUCUUCUAUGCUCAGACCUUCUCCAUGCAGUGAGCAUCAAUGCCGUAGAAGUAGUGCAUGUUAUCACUGACUGUACAAGUUCUACUGGAACUUACAUAUGGGACCUGCUGCCAGGUAUACACUUCUAUAGAGAUCAAUUUAUUGAAAAAUAGUUAAAAUCAAUGCAUGGACUAUCAGACUUUACAGUUCACCUCUCUUAUGAACAGGUAUCCCUCAAGAAGUGAACGUCGAUCCCAUUCUGGUUCUCAGAAGAAUGUUUGGGAUUGUCAUUGAGCAGAAGAACAUGCUUGUGGACUAUGUCUCCAACUUGCUGAUAGGCGAUCAAGGUACUUAUAAAUAGUAACAAGCUUAGCAAGUAGCUUGUAUUGGAGCAUGUGUCAAACUCAUUCCACGGAGGGCCCGGUGUCUGUGGGUUUUCACUCCACCCUUGUACUUGAUUGAUGAAUUAAGGUCACUCAUUAGUAAGGAACUCCCCUCACCUGGUUGUAUAGGUCUUAAUUGAAAGGAAAAACCUGCAGACACUCAGCCCUCCGUGGAAUGAGUUUGACACCCCUGUAUUAGAGGGUAUUUUCAGGGGACAGUAAAAAUAAUGUAUGAAUUUGCUUAUUAAAUUGCUGUGAAGCUGUGGUGCUGUAGGUAAUGUCUUUGAAAUUACAAUUGAACAAGCCUUGCCUCUAGCCAUUCUUGGUUCAGGUUGUGUCUGGGAAAACAAGACUGCCACUGAAUUUGAUAAUAGCUGGAUUUUUUUAUUUCCGUCCUUUUUUAAUCCAGUUCUUUCAUUCCGAUUAUUCUUUUCAUAUCCUAAUGGAACACCACCAGCUAAUGGUCUUUUUGUAUCUUUAGGGGUCAUUCCUGGGAUUAACUUUGAACCUAUGAAAGUGGUCACAGAUGCAGUGCUUGAGAUUGCAGAUGGGAAAAACAUGUUCAUGGAUUAUCUGUCCAACAUGCUUAUGGAUGAUAAAGGUAUACCUGGUUGUGUGACCAUCAUAUGCAUUCUAUGACAUAGGAACAAUAACGGGAAAUAGAUAAUGUGACAUAUGACAUACAGUCAGGUCCAACAUGAUUGGCACCAUUGAUAAAGAUUGCUCAGUAUUUGUAUUAUUUAUUUUAUUCAGCCUUUUUUGCUCAUCUUUAUCAAGGUUGCCAAUAAUGUUGGACCUGACAUCAAUAACGUACAUCUCAUUCAUGAUACUGUUCUGGCUAUACACAGUGUACAAAACAUUAGGAACUCUUUCCAUGACAUAGACUGACCAGAUGAAUCCAGAUGAAAGCUAUGAUCCCUUAUUAAUGUCACCUGUUAAAUCCACUUCAAUCAGUGUAGAUGAAGGGGAGGAGACAGGUUAAAAAAUGAUUUUUAAGCCUUGAGACAAUUGAGACAUGGAUUGUGUAUGUGUGCCAUUCAGAGGGUGAAUAGGCAAGACAAAAUAUAAGUGCCUUUGAACGGGAUAUGGUAGUAGGUGCCAGGCGCACCGGUUUGAGUGUGUCAAGAACUGCAACGCUGCUGGGUUUUCACGCUCAACAGUUUCCCAUGUGUAUCAAGAAUGGUCCACCACCCAAAGGACAUCCAGCCAACUUGACACAACUGUGGGAAGCAUUGGAGUCAACAUGGGCCAGCAUCCCUGUGGAACGCUUUCGACACCUUGUAGAGUCCAUGCCCUGACGAAUUUAGGCUGUUCUGAGGGCAAAAGGUGUUCCUAAUAUUUUGUACACUUUACUUAUCUGCUCAAGUAACUCAAAUGUAUGCAAAUCUCUUGACAUAAGCAGAUGAUUUUCACAUAUGAAAUUAGGAAUUACACGUACGUUUCAAGAUAUUUCAAGUCUUGACUCCCACAUGUCUGUUUUCUUUUGGGGUGUAGAUGAACAUAGUACUACACCAGCAUCUGUGAUGCAUGUGAUAAGGAAGAAAGGUUGGUUUUUGUUAAUUUCUCAGUUAAUUAUUGUUAAACUCUCUUAGAUUGUUUGAUUUAUUGUGGUUGUUUGAUGAUCUCUUCUCUUUCAUUUCAUCAAUAGAUUUUCAUUCAAAUCAAUGUUUUUCCUAUUUCCAAUCCUAGGAGAGUUUUUGCCACCCCUGGAAAAAGGUACGUAACAAUCGUUCGUACACCAAUUGUCACCACUACCAAAGGAUGAUGUGAAUACAGCAACAAAUGUAGAGUUUCAUCAAUUGUCAAUGCAUUAGAUCUGGCUAUGGAAUUCUGCUUUCAUGUGGUGUUGUGGUCUUUUGAUGACUUGAAAUGUUUUUGUUUUGUUUGUUGGGUUGUGUAAAUCUAGUUGUAUUAUAUGUGAUAAGGGGUGACUGAGGUUGUCACAUACAGAUUGUGAUCAAUUACAAGAUUUUCAACACUACAAAAUUAUCUACAGAAUAUUUUUGGUCUGUAUCAUCCAUCAUAGUUGAGACAAUUUGAAAAUGUUAAUCACUAUGGACAAAUCUCGGACUCCCGUGUUAAAAUCAGCCAAUCUCAUUCAGUGUGCAAAGGUGUGGCUGCCUGUACUAAUCAUUGUUGCCUUGCAAUAUGUGUAUUUGUAACAUUCUGACACUAGCUAGUUUUCCACCCAAUUGCGACAGAUUUUCAAGCCAAUACUCGAGAAUCCGCAUAAGAAAAAAAUCAGUGUGAUGUAGUGCAUACAAAAUGUACUUUCACUUAAGUUUUCAUGUACCAAAUAAAAAUCUAAAGUUCAAUAUGUUUCCAUUGCAUUUUCAACUAUACCGAUAGCUUUUUCACAAACGUUUGCAUUGAAUAGCAAAUGUUCCUACUGUUGUCUUGGCACGUGCACUCUAGCCAACAGCCCGCAGAUACAGUGCGGGCAGGCUGUGCGGGUAUAGUCUACAUGACGAGAUUAUUAUGGAUAAGAGCGAGAAUAUUUGUCAAACAGCAGUCAAGCAUGUCACCAAAAUAAGACCCUCGAUAUUUAUUGGAAAUGCAUAUCAACAUCACAGUGCACAUUCACCACCCUGUGAAUUUCAUUAUAACUUGUAUCAUCUGUGGCCUAAUAAACUGUAUGGUUUCCCGAGUCGUAGUGGGAGGAGGACCACACACCAUAUCAUCGCAUUACUCCAAGUUUACUUUGAUACAAUGGUUAUUAUAUCAAUAUUUGCGCAUAAAGGCAUUUCCACCGCCAUUUCUCGCAUAAUACAUUUUACAGACACAAAAAGAUCCUACCAUGUCGAACGAACAAAUUAUCUUUCGGCAUUUAUAAAAUUGUACCGAAACUUCCUGUUUCCAUCAUAGCUGUCGUGAUUUUUUUUAUUAUACAGUAUGACUUGGAUGGAAACGUGGUUACUGAGUUGUAAUAAUGCUCUCACAAUGGAGCUUGCUGUGAAACACUUCAGCAUUAACUAUUAUUUAAUGGAAAUGGGUUGCGGCAUGAACCUUUUUUUUUCGCUAUUUCAUAAUCUCAUUUUGUACAGUGCCUUCAGAAAGUAUUCAUACAACUUGACUUAUUCCCUGUUUUGUUACAGCCUGAAUUCAAAAUGUAUAAAAUAUAUAUAUUUUUCCCCCCCAUCUACACACAAUACCCCAUAAUGACAAAGUGAAAACAUGUUUUUAGUCAUUUCAGCAAAUUUAUUGAAAAUGAUAUACAGAAAUAACUCAGGGACUGGGAAACUGGUAAGGAUAGAAGGCACAAUGAAUGGAGCCAAAUACAGGCAAAUUAUGAGAACCUGCUUCAGAGUGCAAACAACCUUAGACUGGGGUGAAGAGUUAAGUUCCAACAGGACAAUGACCCCAAGCAUACAGCCAAAGCAAUGCUGGAAUGGCUUCAGAACAAGAAUGUGAAAAUUAUUGAGUGGCCCAACCAAAGCCCAGACAUGAAUCCCAUUGAAAAUCUGUGGAAAGACUUGAAGAAUGCUGUUCACCACCGCUCCCCAUCUAACUUAACAGACCUGGAGAAAAUCCCCAAAUCCAGAUGUGUAAAGCUGAUACCGACAUACCCAAUAUGACUCAAAGCUGUAAUCGCCGCUAAAGGUGCUUCUACAAAGUAUUGACUCGGGUGUGAAUACUUAUGUAAAUUAGCUAUUUCUAUAUUUCAUUUUCAAUAAAUGUGCUAACAUUUGUCAUGGGGUAUUGUGUGUAGAUGGGUGAGAUUUUUUUAUUUUAUUUAAUCUAUUUUGAAUUCAGGCUGUAACACAACAAAAUGUGGAAUAAGUCAAGGGGUAUGAAUACUUUCUUCAGGCAAUGUAUGUAGACUACCAAUGGAACAAUAAUUAUGUUUAAUGGGAAAAUGUUAAUAUUGCAUGCUCAUCAUAGUAAUAAUUCAAUAAAUGUCUAUCAAAAUGUCAUUGUGGUUUUGGACUUGGUGACUGAAUGCCCAUUCUAAUUGUCACUACACACACAGAGUUCCUUCGUUGUAACAGUUUGUGUUUCUUUUGUCAUGUGUUCCUUCAUCCUUAUUUGUGUUCAUAUUGUUCCCCUAUCAAUUGUUUGAUUUACUGAAGUGUGUACAGCAUGAGUUGUCUCUGAAAUGGAAAUCUAUUGGUUUAGGAGAUCCCUUCUUCCAUGUUGUCUUGUCCCCCUCUUGCAUUGUUUCCGCAUUAUCUGUUUGAUUGACUGACCACUGACUACAUGUUGCAAUUCAAGUGUACACUACUGGUUAAAAUAAAUAGAUGUAGUCUUCAUUCCACCAAGGAAAAAGUAAAACGGUUGGCAUCGUAUUUCAAUAACGAUUAUUUAUUGGGUGAAUGCUUAGAGAUUUUAUGUCUGGAAUGGUUUUCAUCUAAGCAACAAAUGAUAGUCAACCCAACCCUUUAGAUAAAAAUGUGUCGAGCAUGUUAUUGCAGGCUAGAUAAAACAUGCAGUCUGCAUGUUUUGCCUUCCUAUACCAGCGUCCAAAUCAGCCAAUCAGAGUGCAACAUGUGGUGUAUAUUGUAUGAAUAUGACUAAUGUUGGAAUGUGUUGCCAUUUAAUUUCCAUAACUCUGUCAAUGUCUUAAUGUUUGCGUGUUUGCAUCUGCAACAUCUCACCUCUGACGAAUGCUAAUGAUAUGUGGAGAUGGGGAAGACAAUAAUAAAGACAAAGUGGCUUGGUGACACAGUUGCAGAAUUGAUGGGCACUACAAAGGACGCUGCCCCUGUACCUGAAAUAAGCGUCACUCCAGUUGUGGGGGGGAAGGAUGAUGAUGUCAAAGAGGCUGAAGAAGAGCAAGGAGACAAGGACAGUACAGAUGACAGUUCAGAGGGGGCAAAGAAAUACACCACCCCAAAAAAAUUGUGGAUCCAAAAACAGAUGCUUAGAAACGUGGGAUCUAAGGCCCAUCUAAGAGCUGGAGAGGUACUUCCUAAGGAUAUGGAUGAAGACCAACAAGGUAUUUGGAAAUAUUUCAUAUCAUUAGCUAUGAUGUCCAAAAUGUGAUUUUCAUUUAUGAUAGGACCGUCAUCAUAUCAAAGUAAAUUGCUAAUAAAAUUGAUUAAAGAUAGGAAAAAUGCCUUAAUUUGUUGCCAUUACAUCACUGAUGUAGAUGGUGAUGUUGAAGAACUUGACCAUGAACAAAGAAUGGAUGAUGAAGAAAUCAUGGAUGUUGGCAAGGAGGGUGGAAAAGAAGAGGAGGUGAAAGAGGAGAAGGAUCAACACUUAGAGUUAGAUGAGGAGGUGGAGGAGGAGGAGAAGGAUGACACCCAUGAGGUUGACGUCAAAGAUCAAGGUGUUCAAUAUGAAGGCAUUUACAACGAAAACAGUUCAGAGGGGGCCAUAACAUACACCACCAAAAUAAAUGUGCGUAUCCAAAAACAGAUGCUUAGAAAAGUGGGAUCUAGGGCCAAUAUUGAAGUUGGUGAUGAACAUCUUGAAGAUGAUGGAGAGGAGGAGGCAGAGGAAGACAUUGAUGAGUAUAAACAUGAUGAUCACAGUGACCUUGACAUUAAAGAUCAUGUUGUCGGUGAAGAUGAUCAUGAAGAAGAUGAAGCUGAUGAUGACAUUCAUGACACAGAUGACCUUGAUGUCAAAGAUCAAGAGGUUGAAGAUGGAGAAGAGAUUGACGAUGAGGAUAGUUCAGAGGGGACCAAGACAUACACCACCCAAAACAAUGUGUGGAUCCAAAAACAGAUGGUCAGAAAAGUGGGAUCUAGGGCCAAUAUUGAAGUUGGUGAUGAACAUCUUGAAGAUGAUGGAGAGGAGGAGGCAGAGGAAGACAUUGAUGAGUAUAAACAGGAUGAUCACAGUGACCUUGACAUUAAAGAUCAAGUUGUCGGUGAAGAUGAUCAUGAAGAAGAUGAAGCUGAUGAUGACAUUCAUGACACAGAUGACCUUGAUGUCAAAGAUCAAGAGGUUGAAGAUGGAGAAGACAUUGACGAUGAGGACAGUUCAGAGGGGACCAAGACAUACACCACCAAAAUAAAUGUGCGGAUCCAAAAACAGAUGCUUAGAAAAGUGGGAUCUAGGGCCAAUAUUGAAGUUGGUGAUGAACAUCUUGAAGAUGAUGGAGAGGAGGAGGCAGAGGAAGACAUUGAUGAGUAUAAACAUGAUGAUCACAGUGACCUUGACAUUAAAGAUCAUGUUGUCGGUGAAGAUGAUCAUGAAGAAGAUGAAGCUGAUGAUGACAUUCAUGACACAGAUGACCUUGAUGUCAAAGAUCAAGAGGUUGAAGAUGGAGAAGACAUUGACGAUGAGGAUAGUUCAGAGGGGACCAAGACAUACACCACCCAAAACAAUGUGUGGAUCCAAAAACAGAUGGUCAGAAAAGUGGGAUCUAGGGCCAAUAUUGAAGUUGGUGAUGAACAUCUUGAAGAUGAUGGAGAGGAGGAGGCAGAGGAAGACAUUGAUGAGUAUAAACAGGAUGAUCACAGUGACCUUGACAUUAAAGAUCAAGUUGUCGGUGAAGAUGAUCAUGAAGAAGAUGAAGCUGAUGAUGACAUUCAUGACACAGAUGACCUUGAUGUCAAAGAUCAAGAGGUUGAAGAUGGAGAAGACAUUGACGAUGAGGACAGUUCAGAGGGGACCAAGACAUACACCACCAAAAUAAAUGUGCGGAUCCAAAAACAGAUGCUUAGAAAAGUGGGAUCUAGGGCCAAUAUUGAAGUUGGUGAUGAACAUCUUGAAGAUGAUGGAGAGGAGGAGGCAGAGGAAGACAUUGAUGAGUAUAAACAUGAUGAUCACAGUGACCUUGACAUUAAAGAUCAAGUUGUCGGUGAAGAUGAUCAUGAAGAAGAUGAAGCUGAUGAUAACAUUCAUGACACAGAUGACCUUAAUGUCAAAGAUCAAGAGGUCGAAGAUGGAGAAGACAUUGACGAUGAGGACAGUUCAGAGGGGACCAAGACAUACACCACCAAAAGAAAUGUGCAGAUCCAAAAACAGAUGCUUAGAAAAGUGGGAUCUAGGGCCAAUAUUGAAGUUGGUGAUGAACAUCUUGAAGAUGAUGGAGAGGAGGAGGCAGAGGAAGACAUUGAUGAGUAUAAACAUGAUGAUCACAGUGACCUUGACAUUAAAGAUCAUGUUGUCGGUGAAGAUGAUCAUGAAGAAGAUGAAGCUGAUGAUGACAUUCAUGACACAGAUGACCUUGAUGUCAAAGAUCAAGAGGUUGAAGAUGGAGAAGAGAUUGACGAUGAGGAUAGUUCAGAGGGGACCAAGACAUACACCACCCAAAACAAUGUGUGGAUCCAAAAACAGAUGGUCAGAAAAGUGGGAUCUAGGGCCCAUCUAAGAGCUGGAGAGGUACUUCCUGAGGAUAUGUAUGAAAACCAACAAGGUAUUUGGAAAUAUUUCAUAUUAUUAAGUACAAUGUCCAAAAUGUGAUUUUAAGGUAUGAUCAUAAAUUAUAUAAUUAUAUCAAAGUAGGGAAGAGUGGGGUAAGUUGAGCAAAAUGGUGAGCUGAGCCACCCCUUGUUUCUAGGCAACCAUACACAAAAUAUAUAAUUUGACCAAAUAUUUAGGGAAGAGAAAUUUCAAGGAGUCUGAAGGAAGAAACCACAUGGUAAGCAAGUUAGGUCCAAAACAUUGGUUUUCACCAAGUCAAAUCAACGUAUUGAGUUCGUCAUGAUGCUUGUAUCUAAACCAAAGUAGAUACUUUUAAGAUUGUUCUAUACAUCAGUUGGAGUCUCUAUAACCUUCAAUAUGAGGUCUUAAAUCUAGGAUGAAAGUGCAUCCUUAUACAGUGGGGGAAAAAAAGUAUUUAGUCAGCCACCAAUUGUGCAAGUUCUCCCACUUAAAAAGAUGAGAGAGGCCUGUAAUUUUCAUUAUAUGUACACAUCAACUAUGACAGACAAAAUGAGAAAAAGAAAUCCAGAAAAUCACAUUGUAGGAUUUUUUUUUUUUUUUUUUUUAAUGAAUUUAAUGAAUUUAUUUGCAAAUUAUGGUGGAAAAUAAGUAUUUGGUCAAUAACAAAAGUUUCUCAAUACUUUGUUAUAUACCCUUUGUUGGCAAUGACACAUGUCAAACGUUUUCUGUAAGUCUUCACAAGGUUUUCACACACUGUUGCUGGUAUUUUGGCCCAUUCCUCCAUGCAGAUCUCCUCUAGAGCAGUGAUGUUUUGGGGCUGUCGCUGGGCAACACAGACUUUCAACUCCCUCCAAAGAUUUUCUAUGGGGUUGAGAUCUGGAGACUGGCUAGACCACUCCAGGACCUUGAAAUGCUUCUUACGAAGCCACUCCUUCGUUGCCCGGGCGGUGUGUUUGGGAUCAUUGUCAUGCUGAAAGACCCAGCCACGUUUCAUCUUCAAUGCCCUUGCUGAUGGAAGGAGGUUUUCACUCAAAAUCUCACGAUACAUGCGAUUCAUUCUUUCCUUUACACGGAUCAGUCGUCCUGGUCCCUUUGCAGAAAAACAGCCCCAAAGCAUGAUGUUUCCACCCCCAUGCUUCACAGUAGGUAUGGUGUUCUUUGGAUGCAACUCAGCAUUCUUUGUCCUCCAAACACGACGAGUUGAGUUUUUACCAAAAAGUUCUAUUUUGGUUUCAUCUGACCAUAUGACAUUCUCCCAAUCCUCUUCUGGAUCAUCCAAAUGCACUCUAGCAAACUUCAGACGAGCCUGGACAUGUACUGGCUUAAGCAGGGGGACACGUCUUGCACUGCAGUAUUUGAGUCCCUGGCGGCGUAGUGUGUUACUGAUGGUAGGCUUUGUUACUUUGGUCCCAGCUCUCUGCAGGUCAUUCACUAGGUCCCCCCGUGUGGUUCUGGGAUUAUUGCUCACCGUUCUUGUGAUCAUUUUGACCCCACGGGGUGAGAUCUUGCGUGGAGCCCCAGAUCGAGGGAGAUUAUCAGUGGUCUUGUAUGUCUUCCAUUUCCUAAUAAUUGCUCCCACAGUUGAUUUCUUCAAACCAAGCUGCUUACCUAUUGCAGAUUCAGUCUUCCCAGCCUGGUGCAGGUCUACAAUUUUGUUUCUGGUGUCCUUUGACAGCUCUUUGGUCUUGGCCAUAGUGGAGUUUGGAGUGUGACUGUUUGAGGUUGUGGACAGGUGUCUUUUAUACUGAUAACAAGUUCAAACAGGUGCCAUUAAUACAGGUAACGAGUGGAGGACAGAGGAGCCUCUUAAAGAAGAAGUUACAGGUCUGUGAGAGCCAGAAAUCUUGCUUGUUUGCAGGUGACCAAAUACUUAUUUUCCACCAUAAUUUGCAAAUAAAUUCAUUACAAAUCCUACAAUGUGAUUUUCUGGAUUUUCUUUCCUCAAUUUGUCUGUCAUAGUUGACGUGUACCUAUGAUGAAAGUUACAGGCCUCUCUCAUCUUUUUAAGUGGGAGAACUUGCACAAUUGGUGGCUGACUAAAUACUUUUUUUCCCCACUGUAGCUGUGUGGGCUAAUAUAGUCAAAAUCUUUGCCUUGGGGUAAGUUUAGCCAAUGGCCAUGGGGUAAGUUGAGCAAAUGGCCAUUGGCUCAACUUACCCCAAGGCAAAGUUUUCUUCCAAGGCAUUAUUGCUGGAAUAUAAGGUAACACCAGGGCCUGGCCUAUGUUGAAGGUGUUUUAUGAAAAGUACAACGUGUUUGUUAGGUGUUAAGCUUGUGUUAAAAUAUGCUUAAAAUUAAGCAUAUUUGAAAACAUAGCUUGUCCAAAAAAAGUGGCUUCUUGGCACAACUUACUCCGGGUAUGGGGUAAGUUGAGCCGCGGGACAGGGUAAGUUGAGCCGCCUACACAUCUCUGUACUGAAUAAAAUAUUACGACUACUUUUUAAAAAAUAAUGUCUAUCAUUAUUUCCCAAACAGAAUUCAACACAAACAUUUAUAUAUAUAUAUACAGCUCUGGAAAAAAUUAAGAGACUACUGCAAAUUUUUCUCAAAUCAGCAUCUCUACAUGUAUGACAGCCAUUCCAUUCCAGUGUCUGUUGAAUUCCAACACAGGCACACCUCAUUCUACUGAAUUAGGUACUGAUUAGGUGAUCACCUGAACCAAAUCUUAUUUAACGAGGAAAAGUAUAAAAACCACUGAUGUGGUCAUCACUAUCCUCUUGCAAUAGGACCAGCUGGAUGGCAAAAAUAGUGCUAAUAGUACCUCAAAAGUAAUAGUAAUAAAAAAAUAACUAUUGACCAUGCCAAAAGAGUUGAAAAGGAACGUUUUGAGUGAGGAAAAGAAGGGUUCAAUUCUGGCUUUACUGGCAGAGGGAUACAGUGAGCGUCAGGUUGCAUCCAUCCUUAAGGUUUCAAAGACGGCGGUUCAUAAGAACAAGGUCAAGCAGCAGACAUUGGGGACAACAAAGCUACAGACCGGCAGAGGGCGAAAACGACUCUCUACUGACCGGGAUGACCGCCAACUCAUUCUAAUGUCACUCAACAACCGCAGGAUGACAUCAAGUGACCUACAAAAAGAAUGGCAAAUGGCAGCUGGGGUGAAGUGCACGUCGAGGACGGUUCGAAACAGGCUCCUAGGGGCAGGGCUGAAGUCGUGCAAAGCUAGAAAAAAGCCCUUCAUCAAUGAGAAGCAAAGAAGAGCCAGGCUGAGGUUUGCAAAAGACCAUGAGGAUUGGACCGUAGAGGACUGGGGUAAGGUCAUCUUCUCUGAUGAGUCCAAUUUUCAGCUUUGCCCAACACCUGGUCAUCUAAUGGUUAGACAGAGACCUGGAGAGGCCUACAAGCCACAGUGUCUCGCACCCACUGUGAAAUUUGGUGGUGGAUCGGUGAUGAUCUGGGGGUGUUUCAGCAAGGCUGGAAUCGGGCAGAUUUGUCUUUGUGAUGGACGCAUGAAUCAAGCCACAUACAAGGUUGUCCUGGAAGAAAACUUGCUUCCUUUUGCUCUGACAUUGUUCCCCAACUCUGAGGACAAUGCGUCAUGCCACACACCCAGGUCAAUCAAGGUGUGGAUGGAGGACCACCAGAUCAAGACCCUGUCAUGGCCAGCCCAAUCUCCAGACCUGAACCCCAUUGAAAACUUCUGGAAUGUAUUCAAAAGGAAGAUGGAUGGUCACAAGCCAUCAAACAAAGCCGAGCUGCUUGAAUUUUUGCGCCAGGAGUUGCAUAAAGUCACCCAACAUCAAUGUGAAAGACUGGUGGAGAGCAUACCAAGAAGCAUGAAAGCUGUGAUUGAAAAUCAGGGUUAUUCCACCAAAUAUUGAUUUCUGAACUCUCCCUAUGUUAAAACAUUAGUAUUGUGUUGUUUAAAAAUGAACUUAUUUUCUUUGUAUUAUUCUAGGUCUGACAACACUGCAUCUCUUUUUUGUUAUUUUGACUAGUUGUCAUUUUCUGCAAAUAAAUGCUCUAAAUGACAAUUUUUUAUUUGGAAUUUGGGAGAAAUGUUGUCAGUAGUUUAUAGAAUAAAACAAAAAAAAAUGUUUUACCCAAACACAUACCUAUAAAUAGUAAAACCAGAGAAACUGAUAAUUUUGCAGUGGUCUCUUAUUUUUUCCACAGCUGUAUGUGUAGGCGGCUCAACUUACCCUGUCCCGCGGCUCAACUUAGCCACUUUUUUUGGACAAGCUAUGUUUUAAAAACUGCUUAUUUUGAGGGAUACACAACAUCCUGAAAUACAAUGAGUAUACCAAACAUUAGGAACACCUUUCUAAUAUUGAGUUGCACCCCUGCCCCCACUUUUGCCCUCAGAACAGCCUCAAUUCAUUGGGGCAUGGACUCUACAAGGUGUCGAAAGCAUUCCACAGGGAUGCUGUCCCAUGUUGACUCCAAGGCUUCACACAGUUGUGUCAAAUUGGCUGGAUGUCCUUUGGGUGGUGGACUAUUCUUGAUACACACAGGAAACUGUUCAGCCUGAAAAACCUAGCAGCGUUGCAGUUCUUGACACAAACUGGGGCGCCUGGCACCUACUACCAUACCCCUUUUAAAGACACUUAACUUUUGUCUUGUCCAUUCAACAUCUGAAUGGCAUACACACAAUUAAUGUCUCAAUUGUCUCAAGGCUUAAAAAUCCUUAUUUAACCUGUCUCCCCUUCAUCUACACUGAUUAAAGUGGAUUUAACAAUUUACAUCAAUAAGGGAUCACAGCUUUCACCUGGAAUCACCUGGUCAGUCUAUGUCAUGGAAAGAGCAGGUGUUCUUAAUGUUUUGUAUAUUCAGUGCAUUCGGUAAGUAUUCAGACCCCUUAACUUUUUUCACAUUUUACAGCCUUAUUCAAAAAAAAUGUAAUAGUUUUUUUCCUUCAUCAAUCUAUACACAAUACCCCAUUAUAACAAAGCAAAAACAGGUUUCUAUACAUUUUUGCAAAUGUAUUAAAAAUAAAAACUGAAAUAUCACAUUUACAUAAGUAUUCAGACCAUUUACUCAAUACUUUGAUGCACCUUUGGCAGUGAUUGCAGCCUCGAGUCUUCUUGAGUUUGACGCUACAAGCUUGGCACACCUGUAUUUGGGGAGUUUCUCCCAUUCUUCUCUGCAGAUCCUCUCAAGCUCUGUCAGGUUGGAUGGGGAGCAUCGCUGCACAGCUAUUUUCAGGUCUCUCCAGAGAUGUUUGAUUGGGUUCAAGUCCGGGCUCUGGCUGGGCCACUCAAGGACAUUCAGAGACUUAUCCCAAAGCCACUCCUGCAUUGUCUUGGCUGUGUGCUUAGGGUCGUUGUCCUGUUGGAAGGUGUACCUUCGUCCCUGUCUGAGGUCCUAGGCGCAAUCUAGCCUCAAUCUUGGUUUCAUCAGACCAGAGAAUCUUGUUUCUCAUGGUCUGAGAGUCUUUAGGUGCCUUUUGGUAAACUCCAAGCGGGCUGUCAUGUGCCUUUUACUGAGGAGUGGCUUCUGUCUGGCCACUCUACCAGAAAGGCCUGAUUGGUGGAGUGCUGCAGAGAUGGUUGUACUUCUGGAAGGUUCUCCCAUCUCCACAGAGAAACUCUGGAGCUCUGUCAGAGUGACCAUCGGUUUCUUGGUCACCUCCCUGACCAUAGCCCUUCUCCUCUAAUUGCUCAGUUUGGCCCGGCGGCCAGCUCUAGGAAGAGUCUUGGUGAUUCCAAACUUCUUCCAUUUAAGAAUGAUGGAGACCACUGUGUUCUUGGGGACCUUCAAUGGUACCCUUCCCCAGAUCUGUGCCUCGACACAAUCCUGUCUCGGAGCUCUAGGACAGUUCCUUCGACCUCAUGGCUUGGUUUUUGCUCUGACAUGCACUGUCAACUUAUAUAAACAGGUCAUGCCUUUCCAAAUCAUGUCCAAUCAAUAGAAUUUACCACAGGUGGACUCCAAUCAAGUUGUAGAAACUUCUCAAGGAUGAUCAAUGGAAUCAUCAAGGUAUUUCUGUUUUUUUAUUUGUAAUUAAUUAGCUAAAAUUUCUAAAAACAUGUUUUCGCUUUGUCAUUAUUGAGUAUUGUGUGAAGAUUGAUGAGGAUUUUUAUUUUAUUUAAUCCAUUUUAGAAUAAGGCUGUAGUAACAAAAUGUGGAAAAAGUCAAUGGGUCUGAAUACUUUCCGAAGGCACUGUGGACAUCUUUGUUAGAAAGAAUACUAUAUUUCUCUUGACUGAGUGAAGCUGAAUGUAGAAAAUGGCUCAACUUUCCCCACUCUCCCCUAAAUUGCUAAUGAAAAUAAUUUAAGAUUUGAAAAAUACCUUAAUUUGUUACCAUUACAUUUCACAUGUAGAUGGAGAUGUUGAAGCACUUGACCAUGAACAAACGAUGGAUGGUGAGGUAGUUUUUGUUGAUGGCGGCGAGGAGGAGGGGAAAGAAGAGAAGAUGGAGAAAGAGGAGAAGGAUCAUCACUUAGAGGUAGAUGAGGAGGAGGGCGAUACCCAUGACGUUGAUGUCAAAGAUCAAGAUGUUGAAGAUGGAGAAGACAUUGACAAUGAAGACAGUUCAGAGGGAGCCAAGACAUACACCCCCAAAAUAAAUGUGCGGAUCCAAAAACAAAUGCUUAGAAAAGUGGGAUCUAGGGUCAGUAUUGAACUUGGUGAUGAAGAUCAUGAAGAUGAUGUAAAAGAUGAGGAAGAGGAAGAAAAAGAGGAGUUGAAACAGUCAAUUGAUGAAGAUGAAUAUAUUGAUGUCAGUAGAGCUGAGAAGCUUGAUGUUCUUGAUGUAGUGGCUGACAUUGAAGAUAAGAAAAAAGAAAUGGCCCAACUUCCUGAAACUGAUGAGGAUUACUCUGAAAUCAUUGAUGAUGAUGAUGAUGAUGAUGAUGAUGAUGAUGAUGAAAACAACAACAACAGUGAGAGCAAGAAAGCUGGUGUCAAAAGGAAGAUAAAUGUUCCAAUUUCCUUUGAGAGGGUUAAAAGACUGGGAUCGUGGUCCCACCUUAAAGAUGACGGGGAACCCAAGGAUAAAGAUAGCCAAGACAAAGACAUUCAACAUGCCAAAGGUAUUGAUACUGACAAACGUAUUUUCCCCACGUAUCUUCUUAACUUUCUGUAAAAUGGUUAUCAUUACUUAAAUGUCUUUCUAUUAGCUAUAUAAAACAAGUAUUUAUUCUUAUUUAGCAGCAAUGUAUUACAUUAGGGCCUAUGAAAUAUGACUAACGAUUUGAGAUAAUACCUUCAUGAGGAGUCAUCUGUACACUACAUGAUUCCAAUUCUUUAAAUUGUAGUCCUACAUCUAGCUCUUUAAUUCUGUAAUGACUUGCAGGACUUGGGACAACUGACAUAAAUGGGACGACUGACAUAGGGGACUCCAGUGUU